AUGCCAAGGGCAACAAAAGUGUUUCUCAUCCUAUACACAAUAGUUCUUCUUCUUAUCACCAUUCACUGGUUUUCACCUUUCUAUCUUCUAAAUUUUGAUCAAGAGAACUCCUUGCUUCAACUUACCGAUGAAAAAGAUGUGGUGAUACUAAGUGAGAAGAAUUUUAGCCAUGUUGUUGCCAAUAAUCGGUAUGUUAUGGUGGACUUUUUUGCACCAUGGAGCUACUAUAGUCAGCAAUUGGCUCCAGAAUAUGCACUGGCUGCAAGGCAGCUGAAGGGCAAGGUGAUGCUGGCAAAAGUUAAUGCUUAUGAGGAAAGAGGGUUGAAAAGAAAGUAUAGAGCUCAGGGGCAUCCAAAUGUAUAUUUCUUUGCUGGUGGAGUGAAGAUAGAUAGUUAUACCAAUGCUAGGAAGAGGGAUGCCAUUGUGAAGUGGACAAAGACUAAGAUUGCUCUUGGUGUCUACACCAUAACAUCAAUAGAGCAAGCAGAACAACUACUGAUGGCUCAAUUUACAACAGUUUUGGCAUUCAUGGACUCUUUACAGGGCCAGGACUCUGAGGAACUUGCUGCUGCCUCAAAAAUGAACACUGAUGUUCUUUUCUAUCAAACUACCGCUGUUGAUGUUGCUAAGGCAUUUCAGUUUGACCAAGAAAUCAAAAUCCCUGCUCUAAUCUUGCUGGAAAAGGAGUCUCAACAUCUUAGCCACUUUUAUGGUCCAUUCACCAAAUAUGCAAUAGCCAACUUUGUAUAUGUGAAUAAGCUUCCUCCUGAGAGCGAUGACCACAUCGACUAUUGAAAAUGCUCCAUUGAUUCUCAAGCCCUUCAAGCAACAG